UGGCUACCUGCAUGAUUUUUUUACACAAAUUGCACCCACAUUUAUGAGUGGUCAUGUUUUAGAACGUUUCGAAAAAUUUAAAACGCACACGAAUCAGGUAUAUAGCCAGCCUUAAAAGAUGCGCCAAUUCAUAAGUACCUCUUAGUAAAAUAUUGAAACUUACGUAGUAUUUAUAGGUGUUCAUUGAUCGAUUUUUGUCAUUCAACAAGUGUCUCCGAACGCGUAAAGUACGAUUUUUUUAAAGUGACGAAAAAGUAAUAAAAGUAUAAAACCGAAAUGAGUGCAAAUUUUCCAGAGAAUAUCAAUUUAUUUUGUUACGUUUGUGGCAAAAGAGCUUUUUCAACAAAUACUGCAUUACUCACUGAGCAAGUGGAGCGCGCUUUUAAACUUUAUUUUGAUUCCGAAAUAAUUCGCGGCGUUUCGUGGGUCCCAGACAAAAUUUGUAAAACGUGCUACAAUGGUCUUAACAUUUGGAUCCAAGGGAAACGCAGUUCACUUCGUUUUGGUGUACCAAUGAUUUGGACUGAUCCAGGAGAGCACAAUUCCGACAACUGUUACGCUUGCGCAAACAAAAUAUGUGGAGUAAAUCGUAAAGGCCUUAAACGAAGAGUUUACAUAUCUGUUAAAAGUGCACAAAUACCUCUACCGCAUUCUUUUUCUAUUGAAACAAUGGAUCAAUCGGAUUUCACCUAUAAACCAACACCAGAAGCCGGCCCAUCGAACAAAAUAAUUCCAAUAUCACAAGCAAGAAUGGACAAGAUUGUUGCAGAAUUAAACCUUUCUCAACGUGAAGCAGAAAAACUUGCCCAGCUUUUGAAAGAAGGCAACAAUUUGGAGCCUAAUGUCAAAGUCACCGGAUAUCGAAGACGACAAUUGCUAUUCCAACGGUACUACACACUCAACGAAGGGAACACAUUUGUUUACUGCCACGAUAUAAAGGGACUGAUGGAGGCGAUGGCCAUUAAUUAUGUCGCAGCUGAUUGGCGAAUGUUCAUCGAUUCUUCGAAAUCAAGCCUGAAAGUCGUUUUGCUACAUAAAUAUAAUAAAAAACCAAGCAUUCCCAUUGGCUACAGCACAGACAUGAGCGAAACAUACGAUUCCAUGAAAAUAAUUUUGGAUAAAGUUUGCUACACUGAUCACAUGUCGCGGAUCAGUUGUGAUCUGAAGUCGUGGCGAUGCUAAGAGGUCUCCAAGGAGGCUAUACGAAAAACAUGUGUUUCUUGUGUCUUUGGGAUACCCGAGUUAAAGGAAACCAAUACGAAACGCAUGACUGGCUUGCUCGAGAUCCAACGGAGAAAGGACACAACUGCGUAAAUGAUCCACUGGUGCCAAUGGAGAACGUCCUCAUGCCCCCUCUCCAUAUCAAACUGGGAAUCGUAAAAAAUUUCAUCACGGCCAUUGUGAAGCAACCGAAAAUUCUUGAUUGUUUGAAAAAUAUUUUCCCACCAAUCAGCGAAGCAAAAUUGAAGGAAGGUGUUCUGAAUGGGCCGGAUAUACGAAAGCUGAUGAAAUCAAAGGAAUUUAAAGGUGCUUUAGACGGUAAUGAUUACUUUGCGUGGAGGGCAGUGAAGAAAGUCAUACGAUAUUUUUUGGGAAGUACGCGAGCACACAAUUACCCCGCUCUUGUGACCAAGAUGUUGCACUACUUCCAGAAAAUUGGAGUGAAUAUGUCCCUCAAAAUUCACUUCUUGCAUCACCAUCUCGAAUACUUCAGCAAGCAGCUAGCCUCAGAGUCGGAUGAACAUGGCGAGCGCUUCCAUCAAGUGGCAAUGCCAAUGGAAACGCGAUAUAAAGGCAAAAGGCUCGAUUCGCUGGUGGCUGAAAUUUGAAAAAAUGUAAUAUUUUAGGCAACAAAUAAUUUUUUUCUUCAUACAUUUAUUUUUACCGGCAAAACUGUUGAUUAUAUGGAAAAACGUUAUACGAACAGAUUAAAAGAAUUGUAAUUAAUUUUUUUAAAUUUGUUUGAG